UGGGUUUUAACGUCGGCCGCAAAGCUCGCUUCUGUCGUGAAACAGCGCUCAAAGCGCCUGCGCAGACCCUGAAAAUCGGCCGAAGCGGCCCCGAGCUUUCCUUUUCCGGUGGCAGCGCCGCACGGUGAGGACCUCGUGUUCAUAGUCGCAGCUAUGCCGGCCAAGGGUCCGCUGCAGUCCGUGCAAGUCUUCGGACGCAAGAAGACAGCCACAGCCGUGGCGCACUGCAAACGGGGGAAUGGGCUCAUCAAGGUGAACGGACGUCCCCUGGAGAUGAUCGAGCCGCGCACACUGCAGUACAAGUUACUGGAGCCUGUUCUGUUGCUGGGCAAGGAGCGAUUCGCGGGUGUGGAUAUCCGGGUCCGUGUGAAGGGUGGUGGUCAUGUGGCCCAAAUUUAUGCUAUCCGACAGUCAAUCUCCAAAGCCCUGGUGGCCUACUACCAAAAGUAUGUGGAUGAGGCCUCUAAGAAGGAGAUCAAAGAUAUCCUCAUCCAGUAUGAUCGGACCCUGCUUGUAGCUGAUCCUCGGCGCUGUGAAUCCAAAAAGUUCGGAGGUCCUGGUGCCCGUGCUCGAUACCAGAAAUCCUACCGAUAAGUCCAACUCAAGGAUCAGGGUUUACCUUUGUAAUAAACAUCCUAGGGUUUUAAUGUU